CCCCCCCCCCCCAUGCCUCAAUGCCAUCUAGCAUCACUACACAGCUCGGAGCACAAAGGUGACACAGCAGCAAGCAAGCAAGGCAAUCGCAAGGCCAGAAAGCCAGCAAGAAACGCACAACACAGAGAGUCUGACAGCAGCUGACAUAUGUUUCCUUCCCACACAAUAAGUGGACGCGGCGGCGGCGGCAGUGGAGGCUGAGGCCGGACCCAUGCCACAUACCACACCGAGCAUCUGCAGCGGCCACUCAGCGAGGCGCCCCACUCGCAUUCAUAACCAGCUGAUGUGUCCCACGGAGCAGCUGCACCAGACCACAGGACUGCUCAGAGGCAGCUCAGGCUCCUGCUCAGGCGCCGGGCACAAAGUAGGCUAUGCGACCUGUAUAAUGGCCCGGCCGCAGAUAAUUAGGAACUCUUGAGAUUUCAGCACAGGUGCUGCAAAAGAAGGCAAAGAGCAGCAAGGCCCCGUACAGAUGAUGGUUUGUUUGGUAUGCGUGUGUGUAUGUGUGUGGAAAUAGAAAUAUACUACCCUAAACAAAAUGUGCACUACUACUACUACUAUAGUAGCCCCAGAGGUCCCGUGGGGCUGACCAUAAUGGUGGACAGUACAGGACUAAAAUGCUGGUGUGGCUGGGCCAGAAUCAUUGGCCCUGCUGACUAAGGGCAAAUUUGAAUGAGAGGAGCCAAACCGUUAGCAUUGGCGGGGCUCCAGGCUAACGCCUCCCUGAACUUUGGAACACAAACGCUCCCAGCAAACAAGUUUGUCCCUGCAUCUCACACACUAGUGCCAUGUUAGCAGCAGUAAGAGAAACCCUGCUCUAGAAUCCCCUCCUUGAUGCUUCCCAUUCACUUCAGUGGUGGUGCAUUCGUGCAUGUGACUUGUUUGCCAUGCUUCAUUUAGGCACACUGGACACUGCACAGUCAGCUAUGAGAGUAGUGUGGGCCAUUGCUGUCUGACCAGGAGGUAAUAUUGGUCUUGUCAGCUGUGUCAUCUGAAUGAAACAGCCAAUACAAAGCUAAGAAGUUUGAAGACAAACGAUGAGGUAACCAGAGAGAGCCCAGAGGUGAAUGUUUCUAUUCUCUGAGUCUCUCAGUCUCUUUUCAAACCAAACAACUCCCUUCCGUGUAGGACGGACACACCCUUCUCGUAACUAUAAACCUCUCAUUACAGCGGUUCAAAAAUGAUACGUCUGCCUUAACGGGCAGCACAACGUUACCAACACGUAACUUUUAAUAAAAAAAAUGAUAUCACGAGACUUGGGCGACUACAGACCAUUUUAUCUCGACUGUUUUGUUUGAUUUGGGUUAGAGGGGUUACAUGCAUGUCACAACUCGUUCGUGUUCCCUAUGGAAAACCUAGGGCAAAGGAGACACGCCCGCAGGACGUGGAAUGAACAGAAAAUCUCAACCAUCUCUCACUGUUGUGUGGACGGUGACCAAACAACUUUCCGGACAAACAAACCGUCCAGCAGCUGUGGCUCAACCUAACUCACGCACACACGUUUGAACAAUCAUACGCUGUCACCUUGUCAGACAUCGUUUUCCUUGACAAUUAAAUUCUGUGUUGAGGGGGGUUACGGUGGCCCUUCCAAAGUGGUUUCAUUAAAAACACACAACCACGCCUGCCCCUCCCCCACCCACCUCACGCCCAUUCAACAAAUACCCACUCAACAGGUUUCUGACUGGCUUCCCAUUCUCCCAACUAGCAACACAAAACAAGGAGCCGUCGAGUUUCGCUUUGUAUCUGAACGUUUUCUUCCAAUCACCAGCUACAUUACUGAAUGUUGAAUGCUUGGAUAUGUCACUCACUCAACUGCUUAAAACAUGUGUUCAUAAAAAGGUGGUGUAUUCAGCGAAAGGCUUUUCAAGGCCACAAGGGGUGAACUCCUUGGAGUCACUUUUUGCCACGAAACUUAGUUGAACUCCCGUUAGGUCAACGAACGUAAAACACAACAUAAUUGUAUUGUUACAGAUGCAUUAACAAGUUAUAACUAUUCUAGCUCUACAUUAUCACAAACAAACACGGCGCUAUUUAGUUUAAUGCGGUACCUGUUGAGAGUCUGCGCCGCCCAAGUUUACAUUUAGCUAGCAAGGGCGUGCACUUCCGCGAGCACAGGUGUUCAUGGGCUUUGACCUCGCCUCGAAUUCGGACGUGAAAGCCACCCUGGAACGAGCGGGAGAGCGUCGUACUGCUCCACUAAACAGCGUUCAUAUGACGGCGAGAAUCAUGCCACAUUUGUGCGACUUUCCAAAGCACGUACUUAUGAUAACCAUCCACCGUAUGUGUAUCGAAACUUAUAUAAAAUUAAUUAUAAAAGUAGUAAUGGCGAAAACGACGGCACCAUAACGUAGCCUAUAAGGCCACCCAAAACCAACACAAAACAGAGACAAGGACAUGACGGGGCAGACCACUUUGCAGCAGCCCGUCUCUGGGUGGACAGACUUGAGGUUAUCCCCAGAAACUUAUCAACAGCUGCAAGUUUGUGCACAAGCUCAUACCAGUUCCACAACAAAAGAGGAGUGCAACAGACAUCUGCCAUGCAGCAUUAAACAGGAGAUACAGGUGGAUGAUACCAUAGUGCUCACACCCCCUGCACCAGAUGGGAGCUGGAGAGAAGGGCAAGCACAGGUAUGCAGCAUAAAAAUGGAGAGGCGACACACCUGUAUGCUGAGCUCAGGAGCAGAGGAUGGGGCAGACAGCGGUCCCCAUGGCAUCUUACUCCAGCAUCCACUGAGUCCACUGCAGAGCGGCCACCAGGUGGAGCCAGAGGGCAGAGGCUCAAGCUCGGAUCUGGAGUCACAGAAAUCCACAGACAGCCACAUGGGAACCUUGGACAAUCCCUUGCCAGACCACUUCCUACAGAGUCUGUCCUACUGUGAAGCCAACCCGUCCCAAAAUUACUCCGCCGCUCUGCCCAUGGACCUCCACCACACCCCUGCUGAGAAAGCAUCUCUGGCACUCGGGUUUACGGCGGACCAUGGUGGCGGAGAGGUGGUGGGGGUGGCAGCCGGGGAAGCCACACAGAGGCCAAACGGCUCGGACAGGCAGAGGCGCUACAUGUGCAGGUACUGUGAGCAGGGCUUCCCGUACCUCAGCCAGCUGAAGCGGCACAUGCCCAAGCACACCAAGGAGCGGCCGUACCGCUGCGGCAUCUGUGGCUUCAGCUUCAUGCGCAUGAGCCACCUGAAGAGGCACGAGAGGUCCCACACGGGUGACCGUCCGCACGCCUGUGAGGUGUGCAGGCGCUGCUUCAUCCGCAAGAGUCACCUGGACCAGCACCUUAAGACACACCGAAGGGUGGAGCCACAGCACAGCCCUCUUCCCUUUUGAAAGGAAAAAGAGACUGAGUUGUACUGUGUAGUUAAAAACUCCAGUUUUGCUGUGGUAUUACUGUAGUAUUACUGUCUAAUUAGAUACAUUUCAGGCAGGUGAAUGCAACAUUUUGGACAUAAGAUAUUGCAAACAUACUGCAUAUUUUGGAAACGGGCUACUGUAAUUCUACAAACAAAAACUACUGUUGAUUUGAUUUAAGUACUUGUCAUGCAAUACUUAACAUUUUUUUUCCUCAAAGGUAGCCAUUAGCAAAUUAGUCUGCAAAGGGACAGAUGAGCGGCGCAUGCACGUCCAAUUAUGACUGUAGAAUGGGGUGUUCCAUGUAUGGCCAGAGCAGGAACAUAACAAGAAAUGGCACAUUUACAUGACUGUAGUCACCCAGCACGCCUACAGGUUUUUCAAGGAUAAUAAAGGGUUAAAAAAAACUGUGUGCGCCACCCUAACAGCCUAAUAGUUAAGUGGAAAGAAAUUAAAUCAAGCCGUGAUGGUGGGCAGAAAAGCCUCAAAAUGGCAGACCCUUUCACAACAAAAUUACCAUUUAUUGUUUUCACAUCCACAUCAUAAUAUAUGCUUACUAAAGGUACACUGUGUGAGAUUUUUUGUUGUUUAUUUCCAGAAUUCAUGUUACCCAUUCACUAAUGUUACCUUUUUCAUGACACAUAAAAUAAUAAAACAGUCGAGUUACCUUGGAAGUCUUUUUGACAAUUAUUGGUCACAGCGACUGCGAGCCAGCCCAGCAUCAUGGAGUAGCCUACUUGUA